UUGAAGACAAUGAUCCAUUUUAAAACACACAUUAUUGUCCAAUAGUUUAAAACUGUCAGUCAAAUUUUGCUUACUAGUGUAUUUUAUUAUUAUUUUUUUCAGAUAAUAUUAGUGCUUGGUCUGCCAUCGAGGUGACAAAACAGAAUUUAGUUUAAAUGAACAAGAUGAACGAAAUACCAAGCCCUGAGCUUCUGGACCAAUUCGAAUGUAAGGUUUGCUACAACUACUUGUUCCCUCCAAUUCGAAUGUGCGAAAAUGGUCACAACUUUUGCAACAACUGCUUCACCCUGACUCACCUCUGCCCGUACUGUCGGGGUCAAAAAUUGGACGACCACAACUUCAAACUGGAGAAAGCAGUAAAGUUGUUCAGCUUUCCUUGCUCAAACAAAGACGAAGGUUGUGGGUUUAUAGGUGUACCAGAAGAAGUUGUCUCUCACUUGAAAGCAUGCGACUACACCAUAAUAAAUUGUCCGUUUUCUGUGUACCCCAUAACAACCUGCAAUUGGAAAGGAAAUGCUCGCCUUCUCUUAAGUCACUGCAGGCAACAUCACUCGGAGAACGUUCGCAGCAGAGACACCCACAUAUCCAUACAAUACGAAGACGGAGCCUGUGUACAAAUUAUACACGACGAAACGGAAGAACCCAAAGGAUUAUUGAUUUUAAGCAUCAUCAAAUUCACCAGAGCAAGAUAUUUUCAGAUGCACUCGUUGUUUGAUAGGAAGGCUGGCUUUAAAAUUUCUUUGCGCACUUACAAGAACUCGGAAGUUCUGAGGUGCGAAAGUGUCAGCAGGGAUUAUUCGUAUUUUAGAGACGAUUGGCGGGACUUGAAGAAUUGUCUCGUGUUUCCAAGGAAUUUGGUUCCUAAUCCUCAGUUUAAACUAUCAUUUAGAUAAUGUAGUUUCGCUGAAAUGACUUCUACAAAUGUAGUAUAUAUUUGACAAACAAAAUAAUAUUUUAUAGUAUUAUAUUUUAUAAAAUAAAGAUGUUUUCUUAA